AUGGUCGGCUGCCUGAUGGGGGUAAGCGCCGUCGCGGCGCCGAUGGCGGUGGCAAAGGAGUACCUCGAGGCGCUCACCAAGCACUUCAAGGGCGUCGGCGAUGGCCUUCCUGGGGCCGACGCCAUCCUCCAGGCUCUGGCUGCCUCGUCCACGGCGGUCAAGCAGGCAGAGUUGGAUAAGCAGAACGCAGGGGUGCAAGCCUCUGCCGCUCAGAAGCAGCUGCUCUCGAAGGAGAAGGAGCUGCUGCAGAUUACGGAAUCUAUUGAGUACCAUCGUGAGCGGGGUGAGGAGCUGCGCACGAAGUCCACUCAGAUCGGCACGGAGAUCGAGCAGUUACGUGUGCGCUAUCGUGAAUUAUCCGCCAAGGUUGCUCCUCCUGGGGGUGACCCUGCGGCGGAGGCUGACAUCGCCAAGUUCAAGGACACGUUCCCGGCCAUGGACGUCUUCCUGGGCCAGGCUGCGGACGCUGUCCAGAAGGAGAGCUCGGCGGAUCCCAAGGCCAAGAUGGAGGCCAUGCGCAGCGCCUUGCAGUCUGACAGGGAGCACCUCACCAAGUCCGAGGAGGCCGUCAAG